UCUUCGCCUCCAGAGACCUGAAAUUCAAAGGAUUGGAAGAAUCCAAACCUUUCCAAAAAUUGAACAGCACCGCAUGCACCCACCAUGAUCCAGAACCGUCGACGGCGUCCCCAUAGCAGACGAUCCUCCCACAACAAGAGCAAUAGCAAUGGUCAGAUAUCGUCCCCGGGCAAAGCGCCGUUGCACAAGAGCCCCAAGUCAGGAGGGAGCGCGCCAGGACAAGCUCUGAUCAAAUUGCCUCAAACGCUGGGAAAUGGCAGCAUUCGAGACCUGAGCAGUCCCAAUAGCGGAGGGCUCCGAGUCUCGUUGCGUCGGAACAUGUCUCAAACAAGUCGCAACAAGGAUCCAUCGACGACGACGACGACGACGACUACUAAAACGACGACGACAAGCCAUCGAGGCGACCCGAAUUCUUGCUGGGAAUUCAGUGGGAUGAAUUUUUUGGUUCCCGCACUGGCGGUUUGGUCCGUAAUAGUGCUGCUGUUUUGGUGGCCUGAACUCAAGGACGAUGCUCUCGACUAUUACUAUCUGCAGUAUCCAGAACAGCAGCCUCUUUCUCCAAUUCCUGGUACUGUCCUGCCACUCAUUCCCAAUGUGUGGAUCUACGAUCCUGAUAAACAACAACCCAACCAGCAAGGGCAACAGCAGCCAGAUGAACGCAAACAGCACGUUUUGAAUCAUUUACGAGAACAUCGACAACCUCACUAUUACAUGUUACCUCAAGAUUACUAUGAGCAAAUGCCUCCGGGGGAACAAGACGACAACAACAAUAAUCAAAGUACCAAAAUACGAGGUGUCCUCAUCUUUUUGCACAAUUGCCAUCAGUCCGGUCUGCACUUCUUCCAGCUACCGGAAAGUCGCAUUGUCGCAGCACAAGCACUCAAACGAGGAUUGGCAAUCUUUAGUCCGACAGCAUCCUCGGCUUCCAAACUUUUCACCACCAACGUGGGCAAGGGAGGGAAAUCCAAGCGUGACAAUCCACAACAACAACCAUUGCAAGGUGGUUCCGAUGAAAAGAAUUGCUGGUCUUCGCUGGAUGGUGAUGAAUUGUUAGGGCCCCUGCUCUAUGAAUGGGCCAAACAGAUGAAUGUUGUCUCGCUGCCACGGAUGGCCAUUGGAAUGUCCAAUGGCGCAAACUUGUUCAUGGCAUCAUCCCUUUACAAAACACUCCGCCUCCAAUCAAUGGCAUUGUAUGGCAGCCACCACCCAAGUGGAUUCAAUCGUGCCGAUCUAGACAAUGAUGUCAUUCCUGCUACUGCCUUUGUAGUCUUUCCCAAAAAUUCCAUUGCCACAGAGUAUGCCAUGCGACAUUACGGCAUCUUGCAGCAAAGUCAUGAAGCAGACCAGGAGGAAAUGGAAUUGCGCAAGGAAGAAGAGAGAGAAGAAUUGGAAAAGGAAGCAGCAGAAGAAGAGGAGGAUGAAGAAGAAGAUGGAUUGGACUCGGAAAAGACCAAACCUAGACGUCGCUUCUUUCGCAAAACACAACUAUGGAAAAUUGAUCCUCAUGCAUGGACCCCAUCCUUGUGCCAGGCUCGUCUGCCAGAGUAUCAUACUCGAUGUCGCAGUUUCUUUCGGCAUGUGCAAGGGUAUCAAAAGAACAAACAACGCAGACAGGAAUUCAAACAAAUGAAACAGGAUCCGCAAAAACGCGCCAAACGACUCCGUCUAGCCCACGGUGGCCUGCAGAAUGCCAAACAAAAGUUUCAACUCAUUACAUCGCUCGGCGAAGUCUUACAAUCGAGCAAGAGUCCUCAGUGGGUUCCAGUCAUGCAAAAGUUGGGCCUAGACGAUUGGACCACUCACACCAUGGCGUUCACCUUGGCGUCGUAUGGAAACAACAAGCCGCAACCCGACAAAAAACACCAAAAGAUGCGAAAGAAGACAUUGCAACUUCAAAAAUUUCCUACGAUUGCGACACCGGAAGGUCGAUCGUGGCUGUGGGCCAGCAUGCUGCAAGAGAUUGAAGCUGCCUAUGGAGUGCAAGAAAUGACGUCCGAGUACUCAUCUCAGAUUUUGGACUUUUUAAUGUACCAUGCGGGGCUAACUCUGGGGGCGGUGUCAUAGCUUUCACAACACUUCCUACCGGUAUAUCCAUGCAGUCAGCUCUUGCAAAUUACCAACGCGAAGAUUUGAAACCUGGCAAAAUCCAAGAGAAAAGGGUUGCCUAGCCAGCAAAGAGUGACGGGUUUAUGCACAUUGCCAAGCACUUGCUUCUGUCACUGCUCAGCGACAAGGAAUCUUUUUGAUUUUGAGGGAUUGUUCAACCGACUCCGCUAUUUGCGUUGGCGAAUGGUUGCGGUUAAAUUAGCUACCGGUACCUGCUGGCUAGCUAGCGUUAGUCCGGAAUUUCAAUGGCUAGAGGAUCUGCUGAAUAUGGCCCCGCCCACGGCUUAGUCGAAAUAGCUCCCAAAAAAACUUGUGGCAUCAAUGAAAGCGCGCUGAAUCAGGCACACGCAUGAGCACGGAGUAGCUGUAUUCAGCGUGUGGCUAGAAGUGCAAGUUCCAGAUGUCAACUCGCCCUGAAUCCAUGUAUGGAAGGAUGCUACCGAUGCAAAGACUUCUGGUGUUGAAGUUCCGCACCCAUCGGCUGGCAGAGGUUUGAGAAGAGUGAACGUGAGCCAAUUCAUGCAUCAACCACCGCUCCUUGGAAAGCCCAACUUACAACCCACAAAUGAAGCUACGCCAACUUGAACCUUCGCGCUAUCUAGGAGAGGACCUCCUGAGUCACCUGAGGCAGACCGAAAUGCGUGGCGAUUGAUUGGAGGAAUGAGCUGAGGACUGAGCUCUGUGUCACACCAAGUGGCCUCCUUGCAGGUUGAUUCGCUGACGAAGGCUUCUGUCGUCUUCAAGAGCGAACUCGAAGUGGGGCCAUCUGUAGAAGUGCGUCCAAACCCAAUCGCGGUUAAAUCCCCACUUGACGGAUGGCUUGUAUCGCUGUUGAGAACCACGAAGGAGGUAACCGUUGUGACCGGGGAAGAAAGUGAAAGGACCGCAAGGUCGCUGUAGACUCCUUUUAAGUCGUAUCCAAAGUCAGGAUGAAUAGAGACACAGCUCGGUGUGACAGUCUCGCCGUCGGAAGUGGUCGUGUGACCUACUCUUAUCUGCGUCGGGAGGAAGAUGCUUCCCGAGCUUGAGAGAAAGCAGUGAGCUGCUGAAAGUACCCUAUUCGCAGAAAUCAAGGUCCCUCCACAAUAGAUCUGUCCUUCAUACUCGAGUGAGACGAACCACGGGAACUCCCCAGAACUGGCUGUACGUGUGCAGGAGCGCAAAAGAGACAAUGAGGCGGGGCGGGGACGCUUGAACUCCCACGAGCUCCUGUGUGCUAGUACAGUUACCUCCUCACUUGCUUACCAGGAGAGCCUCCCACGAUUUCUUGUGGCCCUGCCAGUGGCAGCAAAUAAUCAUACCUCUCGUCAAUGUCUCCUUCAAACCACUUCAAGUCGUCUUCUUGCGUUCGUCGGAGAUGCCACGGUGCAGCUGAUGUCGUAGUUGCCACCAGGACUAGGACGAGCAACGAAAGCAACGUGGGUAGCUUUGUCGAUGACAUCGUAGAUGUAGGCUCUUUAGGAGAAUGAAUGAAUGAGGGAAUGAAUGUCAAUUGUUAAGAGAACAAGAUUUAGCCAUGUUUCUGCGUUGCAAAGAUCGAAUCCGGGACAAUGCGAACGGUACCGUACCGGUCAUGGUAUCGGUACUGUACAACUAGGCGAAUACUUUUCAACCAUCGCUGGUGGUGCGAGACCCAGGCUGUGGAACCUGACAUCAAAAAACGGUCAGAAAAGAAGAAUUUGGCGUUCAGGAGCACAUCAGGAUGUUACAUGUGUGCGCAGUCUCCCGUGGUUGCGGUGACUUGGAUGUGAUUAGGGAUAGACGGGUAGGUGUCGUUGCUACUCGCAGUUGUACGACCCUUUGAAACGCACCUCGUCCGUUCUGCGAAGGUCUUUCGUGCGCGACGCACCCACCCGGGCC